AUGGAAGCGGAGGCUGCAGGCCGCGAGGGAGAGUCUGCCGUGCACCUUGCGAGCUUGCUGGGCCAUGAAGAGGUGGUGAAGGCCUUGCUCCAGGCGGGCGCCUCGGCCAACCUGGCGGCCUUGGACGGCAAGACGGCGCUGAGCCACGCCUGCUACCGGGGGCACCUGCAAGUGGCCCGCAGCCUAUUGCAGCACCGCGCGCGCUGUGACGUGGUGGACCGGGGGCAGCGGUCGCCCCUGCACUGGGCGGCGGAAACGGGCCAGGAGGCGCUGCUGGACAUCUUGCUGCCAUGCUCCCUGGACGCGCAGGACCUCCAGGGCUGGACGCCUCUCAUGGCCACAGCGCAGCAGGGCCACGUGGCCACAGCCCGGCGGCUGCUGGAGGGGAAGGCCUCCUUGGAGCCGCAGGGCCUCGACGGCGAAACCGCCGUGAUGCUGGCGGCGCUGAACGGGCACAUUGAGAUGCUCCGCCUCCUGGUCAUCCACCGAGCGGAUCUGAACCAACCCGCUGGCGACGGCAUGACACCGCUGAAGCUGGCCGGGGAGGCAGGACACGCAGAGGCGGUUCAGCGGCUGCUCGCGAUGGGCGCAGAGGUGCCGCCGGAGGGCUUGGCACUCAAGGGGCAGGCGGACAGUUCCGAUGAGCUAGCGCUGACAGCCAGUCUGGCGCGGCAGCUGUCUGCGGAGCUGAAAUCCGCGGCGACCCUGGAGGCGGCCGACGCGCUGGCGAGGCGCUGGGGCUUCGACGAUGCGCAGCGCCUGCUGGGCGCGGUGAGCGCCGCCGAAGCCCACGAGUUGGAGGCACACUUGAGCCUGCUGAAGGAGUGGGUGGGGCACCGCGCCUGCGUGAAGCAAGGUCUCUGA